CACGAGUUCACAUCACGCCUACAACUAUCGAUUGUACUUUAUUUUGUAAAAAUAAAUUUGCAAAUUUGGCUAGAAAAAUUCAAGUCUCUGCUGGCUAAAAUCCGGACUGAAAGAACAUCGAAACACGAGUCCGCAGCAGUGACUGCCGCUCAAGAGAUUCGGCGACCAGGACUUCAGCGUAAAACAGCCGAAAAACAAGAAGCGGCUUUUCGCGACGACGCCGACAUUGGCAGAGGAAAAGCGGGGAAAGCGAGGAAAGCGGGGACAGUCAGCGCCAUCGAGCUACAGCCAUGUCGCGCAGCGUGCGGGCGGAGACGCGGAGUCGGGCGAAGGAUGACAUCAAACGGGUGAUGCAGGCGGUGGACAAGGUGCGCCACUGGGAGAAGAAGUGGGUGACCAUCAGCGACACGACCAUGAAGAUCUACAAAUGGGUGCCAAUCGCCUCCGCCAGCGAGAAGAAGUCCAAGCUGGAGGCCUCGCCGGGCUCCGCCCUCAACCGCCGCCCGCCCACGAGUUCGGGGGGCGUGCCCGUCGGCGGCGGAGGCAGCGGCAGCAAGAGCGACAAGGAGAACUCGCAGAAGGGCACACCCACGCCGCCCCAGAUCACGCCCAGCUACCAGGGACUCACAGCCGAGGACUCCAACACCUGUUUCUCUGUCGUCUCCGACAGCCAGGGCGCCGACUUUGUGUCGAGUAUGCCCUUCUCCGAGGACUCGAACUCACAGGGCAGCGACGGACCCGUGAAGCGCCUGAAGACGAGCGACUAGCCAAACAUUCGCAGCCACAGCGCCGACAGCAGCAGCAGCAACUAACUUAGAGCCCUAGUUAAGUUAGGAUAGCACGAGAGUAUCUGCCUCAGCCCAAGACUUAAGCAAUUCUCCUACUCUAACAGAUUAGGACCGGCCGCUGGCCCGCCGCCAACCUCAUUCAAUCAUCAACAGAGCGGGGCAGCUGCAGGUCGAUAGGUCCAUAGGAUUAAGCUCAAAAUGUAACAACUUAUUUAUUAGCACCAAACAAACCAACAAACGAAUCGAUCGUAAACGAUCUUAGGACGGAUUUGUAAUAAUGUAACAGAGGACUGAGAAACAAAGCAGCCAGCGUGAAUGUAACGUGUUUGGAUUUUCAAUUUCUGUGCGAUCUGACAAAAGUUAGUAAAUAAAUAAUUGUACUAACAAUGAGAUAGCUUAAAGAUUGCGUUUCUCAUGAAAUUGGGCCAACCGAUUCAUGAUGUAGUUUUCCAAAAUAAGAUUUACCAUGUCGAUUUUUAAAGUUAUUCUACACAUUCAGUGAAUGUAACCGACUUCAAAAUCGAACCUUUUUAUAUUAAAUGGUAAUUUCUAGUUUUUGGAAAGGUAAUCACGUCCAGAUCGACUUAAAAAAAAGCCAUUCACCCAACCAGUAAUAACCAUAUAGAACUUACCAAAUGGAAUCAGACAUUAUCUGCUAGCAGGCCUCGAAAAACAUGAUAAGUGUCUACUUAACUUUCAAUUUGUGUUUUAAAUUUUUUAUAAUUUUUCUUUAAUGAAUGUUUUAGGAUUCUUCAUCUUACAAUUAUUUCCCGUAUGUAUAAUAAUAAAAAAAAGGUUUAUUCUUUCAAAAAA